AAGUUCAUCAAAAUGCCAAAGACAGCUUAAUACACCUUUUUUCUUUUUGUGAGAAUGUGAGGUCCGUGCUCUUAAAAAAGUCUCUAAUUUUUUACUUUUCUUUUCUAUUUCUCCAUCAUCUCUCCCAUCAAUCAGGUACAAUUCCCAACAAAUCGAAUAUUUACCUUACACUGCUACAUACUGGAGCAAGAAAGGCUACACACUUGAACUGUGGUGUAACACAGAAACUGUAGAAAAAAAUGGGAAAACCAACAGCUUCUUGCUUCAAGAUCAUUUCUUGUGGCACUGACUCCAUUGACCAUGAUCAAUUUGAAGCUUCUGAGAUCAAGGGCUCAAGUGAUAAACGUAGAUGGAGUUUCCGCAAGAGAUCUCCAAGUCAUCGUUUGAUAGUUUCAGAAACAUCAUCUCCUAACAAGGACUGCGCAGAAUCUGCAAACACUGACCUACAAACAAAAUCUGUUUCUACAAUUCAAGAGAAGGCAUCUGUUCUACAGUUGGCUGAUGAGGAGCCUCAGUCCUCAGCCUCAGCGGACUCAAAGCUAUCAGAGCCAAUCACUACUAAAGUGAAUGAUAGUAAAGCUGACCUUACUCUAGAUGCACAAGAAGUUCUAGUCAUUCAGACUGCAAUAAGAGCAUUUCUGGCUCAAAGAGCUCUAUUGAAGCAUAAGAAUGUAACUAUAUUGCAAGCUGCUGUACGAGGACAUUUAGUUCGAAGACAUGCUGUGGGAACUCUUCGAUGUGUUCAAGCCAUUGUCAAAAUGCAAGCACUUGUUCGAGCACGUAGUGCUCAUCGCCUUGUUGAAGGAUCUAAUAUCUCUGACAAACUAGAUGGAAAGGAGAACUUGGGAACAAAAGCGGAGGUUACAUACACUUCUAUUUCAAAGCUACUUAGCAAUAGAUUUGCUCAACAGCUCCUUGAAUCAACUCCAAGGACCAAAAGUAUUAAUAUCAAGUGUGAUCCUUCUAAAUCUGACUCAGCGUGGAAAUGGUUGGAAAGAUGGAUGUCUGUUUCAUCAGGAUAUCAACAGUCCCCGGAAUCGGAAUUACCUGCAGAGCAGCAGGAGAUUGAAAAUAUUGAGUACUCGAGAAACCUUUUGGAAACAGUUCAAUUUGAAACCAAGUCAAUCAACUCCAGGUGGGCUGUGGAGGCAUCACCUUUUCCAUCUGAAAGUGAUCAAAAUUUGAUGUCUUAUGGUGCAGACUGGGUAGACUUGAAAGCCCACAAACCAACAUCACCUCCUUCAAAUAGUAAUUUGGAACAUUCUCAGCCUCAGGUAGUUGGUGAAACUAAUUCAAGAGAUGACACUUCAGAUUCUAUUCCUGCUCACUUAAAGGACUCAGAUGAGCUCCAAGAGACUGAGCCGACUGCUCUCUCUGAUAAGAAUGACUCUGAAGGCAACCAGAAUGUACAUUCUGCUACACGGAUUUCCCCUGAGCCUCCAGAGACAGAGGACAAAAUGUUCAAUAAUGGAUCAAGAAAGGCAAGUAAUCCUGCAUUUGUUGCUGCUCAGACAAAGUUUGAAAAACUGAGUUCAGCUGCUAAAUCAGCCAAAGUAUCUAGUUCGUCUUGUGCAGAUAUGGUUUCAUAUACCACUGAUCACGGAUUUGGAGCAAGGGAAACUGCCGUAUCAGAAAAUUCAAUGAGGGUUCAAGUUGGGGGCUCUGAAUGUGGUACUGAGCUUUCUAUUUCUUCCACCCUUGAUUCACCAGAUAGAUAUGAGGCCGGAGGUUACGAAUUUGAGCAGGAACUAAAAGAUUCGGAGGAUGGUACUUUUGAUGAUAAGAGCAAUAGAUGCUCACACAUUGGAGAUGAUAGUAUAACUAUUCCUCGGAAUGACUCAUCAUACUUCAACGCUGAUGGAGGGAGAGAAGAUGCCAUUGAUGAUGCAAAUAGUGAGCAUAUUGAUGUUAUUAGCCCAAAUGUAUUUCAUGGAGAGCAGAAGAAAGAGAACAAUACAGUUAAGUCAUCACCAGAAGCAUCCGCAAGGAGCCAUUUAACUGUCCCUGAAUCCCAAGGUACACCUUCUAGUCAGGUAUCAGUGAAUCCUAAGAAGAUCAGAAGUGAAAAAGGUGGCUCGAAUCCCAAACGCCGAUCCUCAUCCACUGGUAUAAGGUUCGCAUCAACUCCUAAAACCGAUUCAGGCAUAACAAGUUCAGAACAACUAACUAAGGAUCACAGAAAUGGCAAGCAGCACAACUCUUUCGAUUCAGAGAGAACUCAACAUGAUGAUCAGGAGCCUAGAGAUAGCAGUAGUAGCAAUUCUCUCCCGAGUUACAUGCAAGCCACGAAAUCUGCAAGAGCCAAAGCAAUCUCAAGUAGCUCUCCGAAAUCAAGUCCAGAUGUCCAAAGUAAAGAAGUAUACAUAAAAAAGAAACACUCCCUCUCUGGUUCUGGUGGUAGGCAGGGUUCAGCCGCUGACGGGCAGUCUCCGUCUCAUGCACAGCGGGGUGCAAAGGGAAAUGGAACUCAAUCUAUGCAAGAGAGGAAAUGGCAGAGAUGAAUCACUUUGUUUGUGACGCUUAAGAAUGCCUUAAUGGUGGUCAUAUGCUUUUAGGAUCUCCGUGGUGGAGCCAUCCCAUGGAUAUUAACUAUUCUGAAGAUAAAUGUAGAAAGAGCUGUUUUUCAUGUAAAUUUAUCAUAUGCUCAAGCUUACUUCCUCCACCUGACCCCUCCUUCAAGGAUUUUGUAUGAGAUGCUUUGCAUUUCAUUUCUGUGAAUCUUUAACAUUUAUGUGUUCAUCCUGGUGUACUUGUGACUUUUACUAGAAAUUUGAGAGUCCUUCAGCUAGGGCAUUGUCAACA